AUGGAGAAAAGAAAUUUUUUCUGCCAGGCGUUCGCGGAUGACGUCGUAUUAGUUUUUGCGGGAGACACCGCUUUAGAGAUAGAGGGACAGGCCGGAGCCGCCCUGAGCUUUGCUCACGAAUGGGGUGUUGCGAAUAAAUUAAAAUUCGCACCACAAAAGACCUGCGCCAUGGUAAUGACGAAUAAAUUAAAAUAUGACACCCCACGUUUGAGCAUGGCCGGGGUGGAUAUCGGAAUGUCCGACGAGAUAAAGAUCCUGGGGCUCACGAUAGAUAAAAAGCUUACCUUUAACAAACACGUCGCGAAUAUAUGUGUCAAAGGCACAGACAUAUAUAAAAGAUUGUCGAAAGCCGCGAGAGUGAGCUGGGGUCUGCACCCAGAAAUAAUUAGGCUUAUAUACAAAGCAGCAGUAGAACCGAUAAUUACAUACGCAGCAGCGGCGUGGGCGCCUGCGGCGGGAAAACUUGGGGUGCAAAAACAUCUAAACGCGGUUCAGAGAGGUUUCGCCCAGAAGCUCUGUAAAUCCUACCGCACAGUCUCCCUGAACGCGGCACUAGUACUGGCCGGGAUACUGCCUCUUGACCUAAGAGUAAAGGAAGCAGCCGCCCUUUACGAGGCACGGAGAGGGUCAUCCCGUUUAGUGCUGGGCGAUCGAGAGACCGAACGAGCGGCUGGAUUUGCGGACGCUCCUCACCCGGCGAUGCAGAUGGACCUGGAGAUCCGAAGUCUCUCAGACCAGAACCAGGUAGACCAAAACAAUGUGCAGCAGGUGCGAAUCUUCACCGACGGGAGCAAGAUUGACGGCCGGGUCGGGGCCGCAUUAUCCUUAUGGAAUAAUGAGGUCGAGACCAAGGCGGUCAAACUCAGCCUACCCGCGUACUGCACAGUCUACCAGGCGGAACUCCUGGCCAUCUGCAGAGCCACAGGCGAAAUCCUCAAAAGCGGUGGGAGUUCCUUUGGUCUGUACAGUGACUCCAGAGCAGCGCUGGAGACUGUAACGGGCCAAUGGAAUCUUCACCCGUUAGCGGUGGAGAUCAGACGCAACUUACAUCGGGCUUUGGUACAAAGCAAGAUAGUAUCCUUGUUUUGGAUCAAAGCCCACGCGGGUCUCCCCGGUAAUGAACGCGCAGACUGCCUGGCGAAGGAAGCAGCGCUCUCGAGCCGGAGAAAGCCGGACUACGACCAGGUUCCGGUUUCAUUCGUCAAGAGGAACAUUCGUGAGAAGACUCUCGAUGAAUGGAACCGGCGAUACCAGUCGGGAGGGACGGCUUCCGUAACGAGAGCGUUCUUUCCGGACGCGGUAAAGGCGUACAAAAUGAUUCGGAACAUUAAACCCCAGGGCUACCUGACGCAGAUGCUCACGGGACAUGGUGGAUUCUCCGAUUACUUGUUCCGGUUCAAGUGCAGAGAGAGUCCAUCAUGUCUAUGCGAUCCACAGGCGGUGGAGUCGACGCUGCAUUGCCUGUUAGAGUGUCCUAUUCAUCAAAAUGACAGAUUUAAUUUAGAACAAAAGACGGGGGUGAAACUAGAUAAGAGUAACCUACCGGAUUUGAUUGACAAUAAAGAACACAGUACCGAUUUUAUGCGCUACUGUGAGAAAAUAUGCAAAAUUAGCCCCGACCUCAACCAGAAGUUGCUCGAACUCGGCGAGACUCCGGUUGGGAGAGGCGUAGACUCCCACGAACGCGCUGUUCUGUACGAUGGCGGCCACGCACCCUCUGCCUUUGGCGACCCAAUCGAUCGCAGGGGCGCCGGCGAUAGCGGGAGCGACGAUGGAAAUCACUCCCUCGUGGUCGGAUACCCAGUCGUCCCGUAA